CCAAUAUGGUAGACAAAUCUGGAAAUCUUUGAUAAAAACAAAAUAUUUUGUCGGUUAAACACAUCUGGAAUAUAUAAAAUAGAUGUGUUGUGUAGUGCAUUCGCUUCAGUAAUGUUUGGGGCAAUUGUGCACCAAAUUUCAUGUAAUUUGAAACUGUAGAAUACGAGAAAAAGCAAAAUGAGUGAAGAAUAUUGCCGGCAUGUGAUAAGGGUUGCUGUUGCCCAAAUCUGCCAACAGCUCGGCUGGCAUGCUGUGCACUCGAGCCCUCUUGAGAUGCUUACAGAUAUCUUGGAAAGAUAUGUUACAGAAUUGGGGAAGUCUACACAUCGAUACAGUGAACAGUUUGGUAGGACUGAUCCUAAUCUGGAUGAUGUUGCGUUAGCAUUUGCACACCAAGGAAUUCCACUGGGAGAAUUGGAAGAAUAUCUCAAGUACUUUGCUGAGAAUGUUCCAUAUCCAAAAGAUGAGGUGGCCUUUCCAGUCUCAAAACCAGACAACCUACACUUUCCUAAACCAGGGAGCAAAGAACUGCGACACAGACCCGAGUACAUCCAUGAGCAUCUUCCAGUGAUCAACCGAGAUUGGGGAGAUGAAGAUGAUGCGAGCCCCGUUGGUUCUCCAAAAUCUGAAAUGCCCACAUCAUCCAGUGAACAUGACAUUGCAAAGUCUCUCUCUGAGAAGCGUCCAUAUCCAAGCCCUGAACUUCCUUCUGCCAAGAGAGCCAGGAUCAAUUUCAAUCUUCCUGAUGAAGCUGGUCACUCCAUGUAUGAGAUGACAAGUGUUGCAAUGACCGCCUACGGCGUACUCACCCCUACCAGAAAUAUGGGCAAGCUACCUGAUUCCAGGACUCCUCCACAGACGAUAAGACAACUGAAGCCAUCCUCGCGGGAUUAUAGACUUCCUGGCAGGGGACCUAGUGGAGGCAGCUCUAGUACUGCAGGAUUGGAUGCUCUCUUGUCCGGUAUUGAACACUUGGAAACUUUGAAUGAUACAGGAAGCCCGCGUGAAGAUAGUAAGGAACGUCGCGAUGGCAAGGACAAGUCAAGGAGUAAGGACAAGUCACGAAGUAAGGAUGGUUCAAGAAGCAAGGAUGGUUCAAGGGGCAAGGAUGGUUCCAGGAGCAAGGAUGGUUCCAGGAGCAAGGAUGGUUCCAGGAGCAAGGACGGUUCCAGGAGCAAGGACAGUUCAAGGAGCAAGGAUGGUUCCAGGAGCAAGAACGGUUCCAGGAGCAAGGAUGGAUCCAGGAGCAAGGACGGUUCUAGGAGUAAGGAUGGUUCAAAGGAUAGGGAUGGUUCAAGAAACAAGGAUGGUUCGAAGGAUAGGGAUGGUUCAAGGAGUAAAGAUAAAAAGAAAGACCGGGAACACGGAAAAGAGAAGGAGAACAAGGAGAAAGAUUGGCUGAAAAGUAAAUCUGAGAGUAGGGAUAGAAAGUCGGAUAGCAAGGAGAGGAGAUCAGAGAGCAAGGAGAGAUCAAAGAGUUCAAAGGAUAGAGAUCGUCAUCGCAAGGACAAGAAGGAUUCUUCCAAGUCAAAUCCUCGACCACCAUCUCCACAUAGUAAAGCUGUGGAACGUGAUAAACGUCCAAGGUCUCCCAGGUUAUCCUCUCCCUUGAUCAUCCCUAAACCUGUACGUACAGUGUCGUCGCCACGUGGUGGUAAGUCUCCACGGUCCAGGUCACCACGUGGGACAAGCCCGAAACUCAAGGAAGAUGUUAACUCACAGGAGCCGAUGGACUUAACUGUCAACAAGAAAGGUCCAAGUGAGUCGUCUUCAUUGCCUCUGACAGCAUUGGCUGAUAUGCACAGCCUAUCGCCACCGAAAAGUGUCCCGUCGCCCGUUAGGAGGUUUGAACAGACUGGUUCCUAUGGUGGUGAUGAUUCACCCGAACCUGGUUUGGUUAUUGACUUUGACCCAAAUAAAAAAGUUGAUAAAGCAGCGUCUGAUGCGCGUUUGGCAUCCAUUGCAGGAACCAUCGACGAUGUUCUCAACAUGGACUUCAGCACGGUUGCGUUUUCAGAAGAGGAUAGUGAGGAUGAUGAUGAGGUUGCGAUGUUGGUUUCCGAUAAAUCUGGUGUGUCUGACAUGGAGAGGGAGACUCCUCAUAAAGAGGUGGGCAGUUCGCUAAAACCUCCAAAUCCUCCAACACCAAAGUCUAAAGAAAUGUUAGUACCGCUUAUUAAACCGUUGGAUUUCCAAUCAUUCAAGGGCCGUGAUAGUAGAGUAUCGAUUGAGGACUCGAUUGCCUCGGUGUUGCAGACUCUGUCUUCUCAGGAUGAUGAGGAUGAGCCUGCUGGUGAUGAGGGCAGAAAGGGCAAGUCUAAGAAGAAUGGUAAAAAGGCUGUGAAGGAUAAACUGAAAGAUAAACUGAUGGAGAAAUCCUGGGAGGAAACGACACCGAGUAUGUUUGAUUCGCUACCAAAGUUACCGACGUUUGCCAAAUUGCCGGAGCAGAAGCUGAGCGUGUAUGAUUUCUCAGAGACGCCAAAAACAUCACCCAUGCCAUCUCCACCAGGACAUGCUGGGCCACUGCCAAGGGUUGACAUGUCUCCAACCCAGCCUCCUCCUGUUCAGCCAUCUCGGAAGGCAGAACCUAUGUUCACAGACAGCUCUGAGGAAGAGAGGGUGGACAUGCCACCACCGAUACAGCGUCUCAAGAUAGGCAUUGGCACUGAUAUACCAACAAUCAUCAGAGUGGGCAAGGACAAAUCUCACAAGAAAAACAAGAAGAAAGAUAAGGAGAAGAAGAAGAAAAACAAGGAUAAAGAUAAAGACAAGGAAGAGAGGAAAAGAAGGAAGCAGGAGAAGAAGGCUGGAAAGCUUGCAUUUGUUCCAAAGAUCACAUUGAAGAUCGGUGGAGGUGGGGAUGGCAGUCCAUCCACGUCUACUGUCACCGUCAUCAACAGGCAACCAGAAUCCUCCAAGAAGAAGAAGCGGGAUGAUAAACCAGACAUACCUCGAUUGGUAAUUAAAAAUAUACCAGCACCACUCCAUGAGAUUCCACCGCCGAAGCCAAGGUCACCCACCCCUGAGCCGGAGCCAGUGAGAGUGCCAACUCCUCCACCCCCAACACCUCCUCGACAGAGGACGCCAUCACCAGUUCACUCCCCUUCUCCCUCGCGAUCUCCUAGUCCAUCACCUCCUCCCUCCCCACUGCCACCCUCACACCAUUCCCCUACCCCAUCGUCUGUGCAGUCCCAAUCCCCUCGUACUCGUUCACUCUCCCCCUACAUAUCUAGAUCCCCAUCCCACUCUCCCUCUCGCUCUCCUUCACCACAGUAUCGUCGUUCUCCCUCCCGGUCUCCAUCUCCUUUUGCCCGACGUGCUCCACCCUCUCCAUCGCCGCCAAGGUUCAUGAAACAAAAUCCCCAUGGCGACAAAAGAUCUGCCAAGAAACCACCCCCAGUUCUCUCUCCUCAAGCUAAAGCAUUAGCUGCUGCUUUUCGACAUUCCCCCUCACCUCCUCCUAGGCGACCAUCAACCCCAUCUAUGUCAGAUGACUCCUCUCGAGAUUCAUAUCUGGUUAAACGCUCUGCAUCAAGGUCCCCUGCUCGAUCAUAUUCCUCUUCUUCGUCUCCUUCUCCUCUCCUCAGAAAGUCCCCCACCCCCUCAUCCUCUCCACCCAGGCGCUCUCCAUCUCGCUCACCCUCACGUCGCUCCUCCUCGGAUUCCCCAUUCAGGAGAUCCCCAUCGCCAUCGCCCCGCAGGAGAUCACCAUCCCCUCGCAGAAAGCUCUCAUCUCCAUCCUCGACAUCAUCUGAGUCUGACUCGGACUCCCCACCAACACCACCUCGGGGCAGAAAGAAGCCUCAACCUAAAAAAUCCCCUCCAAAGAAGGUUACACCACCACCACCUCCCCCCUCAAAGCCCCUCACAAAGGCCCAGCUAAAAGGCAUGCCAUCACCAAAAACACCCAAAGGAAAAGCUGGAAAAGCUCAGCAGACGCCUGCAGAUAUUCCUCCCAUGCCUCCAUCCAAGUACGGUCAGAAGGGAAGCGCAAAGAAAGCGAGCAAAGCGGCCAAACCAGCCGUGUUUUCAUCAACGGUCAUUUCUGCAAAGGCUGCUGCUGCUGCUACUGGGGGCUCAAAGAAAAUGACACUUACGACAGAGACAGUUGGGACAAGCUUGGAUAAGGAAGGCAAUAAAAUCUGGAUUUGUCCAGCGUGUGCCUUGCCCGAUGAUGGCAGUCCGAUGAUUGGUUGUGACGACUGUGAUGAUUGGUAUCAUUGGCCUUGUGUUGACAUUACUGAGGAACCUGAUGAAGAGACUGAAUGGUACUGUCCCCGCUGCUUGGAGAAGAGGAAGAGCAAGAAAAAAGGUCGUGGGGGUGGCGGUGCUCGGGGUAGGAAACGUGGCAAGUGAAUGAUCGGUCAGUGAAUCGACAGGGAAAUGCAUCAAAACGCAAUGAGAUUUAUCUUUGUUUCCUGCGAAGACAGUGUGGAAAUAUGAACUGCAGCCUGUGAUCAGUGCGGACAUUUUACCUGAUCAGAUGCCAGUCACCGAACUGAAAUGUACUUCCUGGUAUUGGUUUCUUGGAGGACAGUGUUAAAAUGAACGUUUCGGGCUGUAAUCAGUCAUGACAUUUCACCCAAUUGGGUCACCGAACUGAGACGUACUUUUCCUGAUAUCAAUGAGAUUUAUCUUUCAUGUCUUGGAAGACAUUGUGGAAAUGUAUGAUAAUUCUGUGAUCAGUCGGACCUUUCAGUAGGUCCGAAGCCAGAGGUAUGUACUAAAAACUCUCUAAAAUGAUAACUGUAAAUAGACAUGGAAAAAUGCAGAUUAAUCAAAUUGAAUUUUUGAUGUAUCUAAUACAGCCCAUGUGCCUGGGAUGGACCGGAUGCAGCAAUGAGCCUAGGACAACAACGGGACCCUUCUGCUUUGGUAUAGAUCCAUCUCCCUGUGCUCUAGAAGACAGGCCAAACUUGGCCAUUGAGGCAACUUAUGUAUCUCAAGUAGCCUACUUUGAGUAGCUCAUGAGAACCUCAUAUACCUGGGAUAUCAGGAUUGUUCUGGUCCUAGCAGAAAUUCUAUCUCACUGUGCUUUGAAUUCAGGCACGUACUCUACAAUAGAGAGGGCUGGCAAAGGAUGUGCAAUGGCUUAGGGUAAGGGGCAAUUCAUUUUGUACUUACACAUUGAAGGCAGGGUGACAUGUGACCAAGAUUGAAAAAAGAUGAGACGCUCAAGUUUGAGUUAUUGCAGUUUAUUUACUUCAAAUGUUAUUUCAAAAAUCAUAAUUUGGUUAGCUUAGAGUGCAAAAUGGUUCAGAUGCCAGUUGUCCUUCCAUCCAUCUAUCAACUUUUGCUGCAUAUUUUUUGAGCAUGCUAUUUGAUCUAAUUUAAAAAUUCUUCAAAAAAACACAAAUCUUUCCCCCUUGCCCCCCCUCC